AUGUCUGCUGAGCCAACUCUGAGCACGCCUCCGGCGUCGGAGCAGCCAGUGAAGGCUGAAGUGGUCGUCGCCCCCGUGCAGCUGCAGGAGCAGACGGCUGUGGACAGCAAGCCUCUGAUCAACCCGCUGCAGACCGACACGCCUACCACCUCGACGAUUGUGGAGCCCCCCAGCUCGCCAAAUGCCCUCAAUCCGGCAUCAGUCCAGGAGCCACCGUCGGCGGUCAACGGCGACACUGAGCCAGCCAAUCCGCUCACGCCCGUGUCGCCCGCCCCUCCAGCCGCUGACCCUCCGGUGUCGUCGUCGCUCGCGGCGCCGCCUGUUCCUUCUUCGUCCGUUCCUACUCCACUUCCAGACGCCUUCCCUACCCCAGUUGGCACCACCUUCGACCCCGUUACCACUACCUCCCCCAUCCCCGUCGCCGCCCCAGCCGCGCCCAAGGAGGAGCCUCCCGCUCCAUCCCCCGCACCAGAGGCCGCCGCCAGCACGCCCAUGGACGUUGACGGGCAGGGGUCCAACGUUCUCAAGCGUCCCGGAGACGACCUCGCAUCAGAGGACGUGAAGCGUGCCAGGGAGGACGGCACCUCUGCGCCCACCACCCCUGCACCUGCACCUGCUGCUGCUGCUGCUGCUGCUGCUACCGCACCGCCCGUCACCGCUACCCCCGUCGUCGACGCUUCCGCACCAAUGCUCGACGCCAUGGGCCAGCCCGUCGUCUACCCGUGGACCAAUUACGUCGAGCCUGCUCCUCGCAACCCGGGCCCUACCACCCCUCUCACCCUUGCGCAACACAAGUACUUGUCAAAGAUUGUUGGAUCCCUUUUAAAGUCGAACAACUCGUUCAACUUCAGGGAACCCGUCGACGUUGUUCGUUUCAACAUUCCCCACUACCACCAGGUGAUUGCGUACCCGAUGGACCUCGGCACUGUCAGCACCAAGCUGCAUGCGUCGGAUCCCCGAGGACCACCCAAGGACAAGUCCAAGCUCGCCAACUGGGACACCUCCAAGGGAACAUACACCUCGGCCUCGCAGGUCAGCAAGGACGUCCGCCAGAUUUGGGAGAACACUCGCAAAUUUAACGGUCGCGAUCACGUCGUGUCCCAGGCCGCUGGCAAGCUCGAGGAGCAGUAUGAGCGUGCCCUCAGGGGUCUCCCCAGCGAGCACGCACCCGCCGCCGCCGCUGCCGCCGCCGUGUCAUCCCCAGCCAGCGCCGGUCCCUCGUCUUCGUUUGCUGCCCGCCGCGCGUCCGUCUCACAACCUCCUGUCAUCCGCCGCGCCGACGACUCGUCCCGUCCCAAGCGUGACAUCCACCCUCCCCCUUCCAAGGACCUCAACUAUGAAGGUCCCGGUGCUCUGCGCAAGCCCAAGCGUCGCAACGACCCGCAGCUCCAGUGGGCCGCUCGUACCCUCAACCAGCUCGAAAAGUCGCAAAAGUUCUAUGAGAUCGUCAGCCACUUCAUGUACCCGGUCUCUGAGAUUAUCGCCGCCAUCCCUUCCUACACCACGGUCGUCAAGAAGCCCAUGGACCUGUUGAUGGUCAAGCAGCGUCUCGAGGACAAUGCCUAUGAGGAGGUUCAGCAAAUAGACGACGACAUUCGCCUCAUUGUGUCCAACGCUCGCCUCUUCAACCCUCCCGGUGACGCUGUCCACAACGCCGCUGUUGCCCUGCUGCAGCUGUGGUCAGAAAAGUGGCGCUCGCUGCCUCCCAAGCAGGAGAUUCGCGACGUCAGCGAGGACCCGGCUGCUGGACCCGAAGAGUUGGACGAGUCGGACGACGAGGACAAGGACACUGUCCGUCUGCGCGAGGCCAAGGCUGAGCGUGCGACCCUUGACCGGGAGAUUGCCGACUUGGAGCAGAAGAUUGCCCGCAAGCCAAAGCGCAAGGCAAAGGGACCUCCCAAGGGUGCUCGCGAGCCCAAGCAGCCUGCCCAGCGCAAGUACUCGACCAACGCCAGCAAACCGUCGCCCAGCGGUGCUGGUGCUGGUGGCGUCAACGGCAACGGUGUCGCCAAGAAGCCUCGCAAGCCCAAAGAGCCUGCGUACCGCGACGACGACGAGAGCGACGACGAGGUCCAGACCAUUACCAUUGCGCAAAAGCAGGAGCUGGCCGAAAAGAUCCAGAUGGCCGAGGCCGAGGUUCUCAGCCAGGCUGUGCAGAUUAUCCAGUCGACGACCAACAUUUCGGGCGACCAGGAGAUUGAGCUCGACAUUGACUCGCUCCCGCCCGGCACGGUCAUCAAGCUGUACAACCUCGUGUGCCGCGGCCGCAAGCGUGGAAAGAAGUCCAAGCCUGCACCGCGCAAGUCUGGCUUUGGCGGCGCUCCCGGUCGCAAGCACCUCAACGAGCAGGAAGAGGCCGACCGCAUCCGCAAGAUGGAGGCCCAGCUCCAGUCGUUUGAGGGCGGCCGUGGCCCCACUGCCAACGCGUUUGAGGACGAGUCGAGCUCCGAGGAGGAGUCGAGCGACGAGGAGUAG